AUGCCUGGUGCUGCUGGUGCAGUGGAGCCGAAUAUGGUCACGUACAAUUCUGCCAUGAGUGGCUUCGAGAGAGUUGCCGGCUGGCCGCAAGCACUGGACUUGCUGCGCUGCGCGUCCCUUUCCAGGCAGAAGCUGGAUGAAGUCAGCUUCAACACCGCCGCAAGUGUCUGCUCAUCCGAGGGCGGCUGGCUCCGGGCGCUGGAUCUCCUGCAGUGCAUGGCUCUGCGCUCGCUUCCGCGGCGCCGGGUCGGCCUCAACGCUGGGCUGAAGGCCCUGAGGGCUCGCUGGGAGAGAGGCUGCCUUUUGCUGCGCCUGGAGCAGCCCGACCUGGUGGCUUUCAACACCGCCAUUGCAAGCCUCACAGCCGAGUCCUGGGCCCGAGGGCUGGACUUGGUGGGUGUGCUCCCAGAAGCCCGGCUGUGUGCAUCCCUCGCCACCUACGUUUCCGCUCUGACGCUGCUGGGCCAGGGCUCCGCCUGGCGCCGCGCGGUGGAGGGGCUGGAUGCCUGCCGGCUGGCCGGCCAAGAACCAACCCUGGCUCUCCGGUCCUCCUUGCUCAGCGCUCUGUCGAAGGUGCUCCGAUGGACGGAAGCACUUGACAUUUUCGCAAAGGUGACGGAGGUCGACGAUCGGUGCCGGGCCAGCAUCCUUCAAGCGCUGCCGAGCCGCUGGGCACGGGCGCUCGGCCUUCUCUCGGGCCCUCCGCCGGGAAAUCGGUCGCUGGCAGCUGCGGCGGGCGCUUGCCAGGAAUCGUGGGCCCUCUGCCUAGAACUGCUGGGCUGGCUGGGCGCGCGAGGCAGCCAAGACUUCGCAGCCACCACAAGCGUCGCGAUCGCUGCUGCAGACAAGGCCUCCCAGUGGGAGCCCGCGCUCGGCCUGCUCGGCCGCGCCUCGCCGCGGACCCGGGAUGAGGUGACCUGCACAGCGGUGCUGAGCGCAGCCAGGGCCUCCGGUGCUUGGCCAAUGGCCUUGGCCUUGCUCGCCGCCAUGGAGCCAGGGCGCCUGCACCCUACGGACGUCACCUUCAACGUGGCGGUGGCGGCCGCGUCUUCGGGUCAGAGGUGGGCCCUGGCCCUGCGCCUGGCGCUGGCCGCCACCCGUGGCGCCAACGCCGCCCUCCAGGCGCUGCGCGACGCUUGGAGGAGGGCGCUGGCGAGGCUGGCGUUGAUGCCGGCGUGCGGCGUGCUAGCGGACUGCAUCAGUUUCAACUCGCUGCUGGCGGCCCUGGGCUUGGAUGGGCGGUGGCGCUGGGCCCUGGCCUGCGCGGGGCAGAUGCCGCGGCAUGAGCUGAGUCCAGACGAGCUGACGCUGGGAGCGUGCAUCAGCGCCUGCGCCGUGUGCUGCGGACCCGAGGGCGCCAGGGCUUAG